ACCAAAUCAUAAACAAAAUAUUGAUAAGGAUACAUCUUUCUAUGCAAAAGUAAAUCAACAUAAAUGCAUUUGUUUAAGUGAAAAGGAUUAUCAAAACCUCUGUAAUAAGGCUGUGAGUAUUGAACAAUUAACACAAAGAAUCAAUGAUCUAGAAACAGAAUUGGGUGCAUAUAUGAUUGAAGUGGAAAAAUCACAUAACAAUGAGUCAGGCACUUCUACUAGUGGUAUAAACACCCUUGCAAACAUUGGAACAAGUGCCACAUAUCAAACAGUAUAUAAUAAGUUGGAAAAGUUUGUUGAAACACAUGAAGAGACAGUACGAGUAUAUGUUAAGAAAUCA